UUUCAUAGGAACAUAAUGGAUGGAGAGGGGAAAGCCUAUGGUGGCUGUGAAGGCCCUGACGCCAUGUAUGUCAAAUUAAUAUCUUCUGAUGGGCAUGAAUUUAUUGUAAAAAGAGAACAUGUGUUAACAUCAGGAACAAUAAAGGCCAUGUUGAGUGGACCAGGGCAGUUUGCUGAGAAUGAAACCAAUGAGGUCAGUUUCAGAGAGAUACCUUUGCACGUGCUGUCAAAAGUAUGCAUGUAUUUUACCUACAAGGUCUGCUACACUAACAGUUCCACCAAGAUUCCUGAAUUCCCAAAUGCACCUGAAAUUGCACUGGAGCUGCUUAUGGCUGCCAACUUCCUAGAUUGUUAA